CAUGCUCUCUCCACCUAGAUGAUGCACAUCCGGAAGCAGCAGGUGAUCGAGAUAGGAGCAGACGGGGUUGGAACGUUCCAGCACGAGAGAGUCUGUUGGCUGCAGAUUGCCACUAAGAACAAGGUGUACCUCUUUGACAUCCUGAUGCUUGAAGCCCGGGCCUUCAAGAACAGCCUGUCCAUGAUCCUGGAAAAUAACCACAUUUUGAAGGUCACCUAUAGCUGCCAGAGGAUUGCCGAAUGUCUGAGGGCUCAGUUUGGAGUGAAUCUCACCAAUGUCUUUGACACGCAGGUGGCAGAUAUCCUGUGCUUCUAUACAGAGACAGGUGGCUUCCUGCUAGCAGGUGGUGAGCCUACAUCUGAAGAUGCCCUCAUCACGACUCUCCUCUCUCAAGAUCAAGUCUCUGCUCACCAAGAGCAGUGUUCUGGAGCUGCCUAGGGAGCUGCGGCAGGAGUGGGCCAUCGACCGUUACCCUGUCUCUGAGCAGGGCCUGCUGGAGCGCUCCAACCCCAGACCCCUACCCCCAUCACAGGAUGGGCAGGGCCAGAACAUAGCCACCCAAAGACAACCUGACCCCCCUGUCCCCACAGCAGAGGAGCCUGUAGCCCCAGGACCAGUACCAGGGCUGCAGGCCCCAGCAGAGCAGAGACCCCCUGUCCCAGUAAUACCCCGUGGGCAUCUGAUCUCCAUGCUAUGCCCAGUGCCCUGACCCCAGAGGUCAAGCAGAGCUCCAGGAAACAGCCAUCUGGAGUCGUCAGCCCAGUGGCUCCAUCAGGAUCAGGAGAACCAGGACUCAUGGAGAUAGUGAUGGUCACAAUGUCAGGCAGCGGGAGGUCUCUGAUGAAAGAUGCAGCACCACCAACCCUCCCUGCCUUCCCUCCCUGCCUUCCUCUUCCUGGGAAGAGGCCUGGUUUUCCCGAUACCAGCGGCCCAGAUCCCUAAGGAGAGCCCCAGGGUUCUAAAGACCCAGGCCCCAGUGGGGAGGGUAGAGGUGCCUGUCCACCCAGGCCCAAGACUCAGCCCAGGACAGUGAGCUGUGCCCCAGCAGGCUGCCCUUUCUACUGCCAUGCCUGAAAACAUCCCUGGGGCAGAGAGAGGCCUCUUCAUCCAGAAACCCCAAGGUCUCACCUCUCCUCUCAGUAUCUCCUUCAUUUCCUUUAGAAAUACUUAAGAGGACCACCUAUGGUUGUGAAGGGUUGGUUGAAAAUUACUUGUGUAAUUGUUUAUUCUACAAAGACCACUAGAUGGCAGUAAAUUGUCCAUUUUGUUUGCAAAUGUAAAUUGCAUCAAUGUUUGGGGGGAAACAGUCAUGGUUCAGUUAAAUGGUUUUCUAUUUCAAAUGGAAAAACAACAGUAGAUUCACAUCAAAUUAAAAUCGGAUGAGAGAUAUUUUGAAAAUUCUGUAUCAUGUCGACUAGUUUACCUUGUGUACAUGGCUUAAUUUGAGUAAAUUUUUUUGUUAUUCAAAUUGCUGUUCACACUUGUUACAAAUGUCAAUUAAACACCAG